AAUGAAAUGUCAGUAGACACAUAACAAGGAAGAACUAUGGUUAUUUUUAACGUAUUGAAAUUACUUUCACAAUUCACAUUGACAAGACAUUUAUAAAAGCAGGAUGGCGAGCUCAGUAACUAAGGAUAUUUCCUAUGAGGAUCUGAAAGCCCUUCUGGGAAAGAGUCAGAAUCUGCUUGUGGUGGAUGUUCGCACUAAAGAGGAAGUGGAUAAAGGACAAAUUCAAGGAUCUGUUCACAUUCCAGUUGAUACAGUAGAGGCUGCUUUUGUGAUGGCGCCAGAGGAAUUCAAGGCCAAGUUCGGAGUAACAAAGCCACCGCAAGAUGCGCCAGAGCUGGUGUUUCACUGCCAGAUGGGCAGGCGAGGGUUAAAUGCCACAAACAAGGCCCAACAACUGGGAUACGUGAAUGCACGUAAUUAUGCCGGAGGAUACAAGGAGUGGUCUGAGAAAGAGGGGAAAUGAUUUAUGUUGAAGGAACUCUUCAUAUAUAUGUAUUUAUACAAAUAGCAAUUGUGAAAUCAAACUAAAUGUUUGUUGUACUGUUUUGUUGUCAUAGUCUACAUCAUUGUAUUAAAAAUGUAUGAAUAUAUAUAUAUAUAUAUAUA